AUGCCCAGAAUUAAUUUUCAAGUAGAAAAAACAAGGAACAAAUUGUAUCAUUUAAAAAUGGAGCAACGAAAUAUUAAACGAAAAUAUUUUCUGCAUUUACGUGCUUAUGUUCACUCAUGGUUACUGGAAAUUGUUGGAAUCUUUUUCAGAGCAUUGUCACUGUUUUCAACAUUGACAACAACACCGAAACAGAAUAAAACGCGCGUAAAUGCUUUGCUUAUAGUUGACGUACAAAAUGAUUUUAUAACGGGAUCAUUAUCAUUAAGAGAUUGUCCGUCAAAACAUGAAGGAGAAGAAGUUGUACCAGUUAUUAAUCAUUUAUUGUCAACUAUUAAAUUUGAUGUUAUUGCUUAUACGCAAGAUUGGCAUCCAGGCACACAUAUAUCUUUUUAUGAAUGUUUACCUUUACGUAAACAUUUAAUAGCACCUAACAGUCCAGUGACUGAAGCAAAUGCAAAAGUAUUUGAUCAAAUUAGAUUUUCUGGUGAUAUAGAACAAAUUUUAUGGCCAGCACAUUGUGUUCAACAUACACGGGGCGCUGAUUUACAUGAAGAAUUAUAUAUAAUCGAUAGUAAAACACCAGAAAAUCAUAUGAAUAAAAACACACCUAUUAUUCGUUUACAAAAAGGAACAGAUGCCGAAAUAGAUAGUUAUUCAGCAUUUUGGGAUAAUCAAAAAAUAAGUAAAACAACAUUGGAUGCAGAUUUAAAAAAGCAUCAUGUUACUGAUGUUUAUGUUGCUGGUAUAGCUACCGAUGUCUGUGUUUACUCCACAGCGUUGCAUUCUUGCGAGUUGCAGUAUCGAACCUAUGUUAUCGAAGAUGCUUGUCGUGGUGUUGAUGAGACUGCAAUUAAAUCAAAAUUACAAGAAUUACAAAGCCAUAGUUGUCAAAUUAUUAAUUCGAGUAAAGUAAAAUGUCUGAUUGAAGGAACUCGAGCAGAACAACAAGAACUAAAUAAUAAUGACAUUAAUUAA